AUGGAUUUUUCGCCUUACGUGUUAUUCGAAGAACUCUAUAACAAUUUUGAAGCAUUCAGAUAUAUUGCAUCAAGCCAUAGACUCAGUAUAAGGCUCCUCGGAUUAAUUUCAGCCUACGAAGCACAGGAUAAUGUCGUGGAAAUCCUUUCGCCCAGUAGAAUAGACGGACUGCCUUGCGUCCUCGUAGACGUAUCCCUGCUGUCUGAGGGCUUCAAGCGCAUUCUCGCGGGCGAUUCCGGCCAGGACAGGCUAAUACAAUUUAUUGGCGCCCUCUCUGUGUGUUCCACUAAUCGGAAGGUCUGGAUGCUCCGGGCUGUUGCACACUCUUUCAUGGAUGGUGUAGACCUGAGAGCAUACGAAGAGGUUGUCCGACUCACUCGUCCGUAUGCCCACGCAAUCAACUUCUGA